UAAAAAAUUGCAAGAAUUCCAUCAACAACUUGAACAAAUUUAACAAAGCUUAGAAUAAUAUUUAAAUGAUACGGCGCACAAUGGCCGAAUUUGACAUAAAUGCCGGCCUACAGCACGUAUUGAAGCGCAUUGAGUUGGCGAUGCAAAGUCGCCCCAAGGAAAUCAAUGCACCCAAGCCCCUGCUGGUGGCCGUCAGUAAAACAAAGCCAGUGGAGUGUGUUAUAGAGGCCUACAAAGCCGGCCAGCGUCAUUUUGGUGAAAACUAUGUGCAGGAGCUGGUGGAGAAGAGUCAGCAUCCGGAUAUAUUAUCACAAUGCCCCGACAUUAAAUGGCAUUUGAUUGGACAUCUGCAGAGUAACAAAAUCAACCACGUGCUUAAGCUACCUAAUCUGCACAUGGUUCAAACGGUCGACAGCGAGAAACUGGCCAACAAGAUAGAUGCCGCCUGGGCGAAGCUGCAGCCCACGCCAGGUGAACCACUGCGUGUGCUCGUGCAGAUCAACACCAGUGGAGAAGAUGUAAAGAGCGGUAUUGACGCCAGCGCUGCACCCUCACUAUUUAAAUACAUCAGCGCCAAUCUGAAGCAUAUACAUCCUGUGGGCAUUAUGACUAUUGGCGCCUAUGGAUUCGAUUAUAGCAACGGUCCCAAUCCGGAUUUUGUGGCACUUAUGCAGGCGCAUCGCGCAAUUUGUGAGGCCAACGCUUUGCCACCCGAUGCGUUGCAGGUCUCAAUGGGCAUGUCCAACGACUAUGACAGAGCGAUCGAAAUGGGCAGCACUAUAGUGCGCGUUGGCACAGCUAUUUUUGGACAUCGGGCCGCAAAAGCAUGAGCCCAAGGCAAUCGAGUGACUUGCUAGAGGAAUGUGCUACAUAGCAUUCGCGCCGUGGGAUGUUUCUCUAUGUAUAAUUCUAGCACAAGCUGUAGUGCCUACGAUUAAUACAGUUGCUUCUCAAUGACGUCCGUAGCUAAGAAUUGUUAUUGGAAAAGCGCCCGUGUGCACAAAAACAAAUGAAAAUCUUCCAAGUUCGUUUAUGUACCAUAUAUUGAUAUACAUGCCCAUACAUGCUUCUUUGUACAUACAUACCCAUAUAUAAAUGUAAAGAUGUAUGCAUAUGAAA